GAUAUUAGAUAGUACUAAAUUUUUGGCGCUGGCGUAACAUAUGUUUUUAAACUAAAUAUUAAGUGAUUGUUACGUUUCAGCUUAAUAAUCAAUUAUUCUUCUGAAACCUGAACCUUUUUAACUGUAAAAUGUUGUGUCAUUUAAUUCGUAUACUGCCCCUAAAUUACCGGUCAGUAGGAACUUGUUCAUUCAUCACGAUACCAAAAUAUCAAAUGCAUACGGAUGUUACUAGAUAUGCUGUAAAGAAAACAACCUCGGCUGCUGGAGGGGUUUUGGGUUUGGGCCGGGGUAAGAAGAAAGUUGGCAAAGUUAGUGCUAUGGAGAAAAAGCAGCUUCCGGUUGAGUCAGAUCCUGAAAAACUAGUAAAUUAUGUUUGUGGCUCUAAUAUCUAUCUCACUGGUGAAGAUGUCAAGAUAAAAGAUGACAGAGAGUACCCUGAUUGGCUUUGGACUUUAAACAGAGGAGGUGCACCUCGUAUUGAAGAACUGGACCCUAACACAAAAGAAUACUGGAAGAGAGUUAGGGCCGCUGGAAUGAAGAGAAACAAUAAGCUGCGAUCUAUGAGGAAGUUUUAAUUUAGUAAUAUCAUUGUACCAAUGUUCAACCUGAGUGAAAGUGAUGCAUUUGUAUGCAAGGGUACACCUUUUUGAGUAAUUUAUGAAAUUUGUAAAUAUAUUUGAUGCUAGAA